CAAUUGACACUGACAUACUGACUGCAACAACUCAAAAGUUGAUGAUUCGAUUGUUCACAAUUUUCACUAAUAAUUUGUGUUUGAUACGGUAAAAUAAUCUUUCUAUUCUAAAGACAAAACUAUUUCACCAGUUUCACCCGAAAGGAACAAAAAACAUAUACAGAGGCAAAGCUGCUGUUUGCGAGUUAUCACCAAAUGUUAAAAACUUUGUGUUCUACCUUAGAUGUAGUUGUGGUGUCACUGCUAAGUUAAAUACUUUAAAAAUAUUAACACUAACGACAAAACAGUUUUGCUUUUAAACGAUAGUGCUGGUGUGAAUAAUCAAGAAAAAGAAAAGAAUUACGAUAUGACGGACUCUACCGAUAUUAAAGACGUGGACACAAAUCUCGAGGACUUCGAAAUUCAGGAAGUCCUUCGUAAUGGCACUGACUUGCGAGAAUACGCUAUACAACUGGAUAAAGGGAUAAAAGAUGCUGAAAAGACGUCGGUGGCAGAUUACUUGAAGGAGAGUGAGAACAUAGCUUCACUACACAAUCAAAUUGAAGAUUGUGAUGGAAUACUUGCAAAGAUGGAGAGUAUGCUUAUGGUGUUCCAGAAUGAUUUAGGCAGUAUUAGCAAUGAGAUCAUUAGCCUGCAAAAGCGAUCAGUGAGCAUGUCCGUGCAGUUGUCAAACAGACAGGUUUUGAAGGGACCUCUAUCUACAUUCAUUGAAGACAUGGCUGUUUCUGAAACUCUCAUAUUCGGUAUCAAUAAUGUUCCAGUAACCGACAAAGAAUUCAUGGUGCAGUUAGCUAUAUUAAAUCAAAAACUCAACUUUGUAAAGGAGCAAGAUUUCAAAGAAACCAAAGCUUGCCAUGAUGUAAAAGAUGUUUUAGAAAAAUUAAAAAUUAAAGCUGUAUCUAAAAUUAGAGCUUAUAUCCUAGAGCAGAUAUACAAGUUUCGAAAACCAAUGGCCAAUUAUCAGAUCCCACAAAAUGCUAUGCUCAAAUACAAAUUUUUCUUUGAAUUUAUACUGUCAAAUGAGAGAAAUGUUGCACAAGAAAUAUGCAAUGAAUACAUAGACACCUUGAGCAAAGUAUACUACUCUUAUUUCAAAUCAUAUGCUUCAAGAUUAGACAAACUAAAGUAUGAAGAAGCACCAACCAAGGAUGACCUAAUGGGAAUUGAGGAUGGAUCAAAAGGAGGAUUCUUCCAAAAGGCAAACCUAAAAAAUAAGAGCACCAUUUUUACAAUUGGUAACAGAGGGGAUGUACUAGCCCAGCAACUUGAAGCUCCAAUCAUAGUUCCUCAUGUCCAGCAGAAAACUAAGUAUUCAUAUGAAGCACUAUUUAGGAGCCUGCAAUAUGCUCUAGUGGAUAAUGCUUGCAGAGAAUAUUUAUUUACAACAGAAUUCUUCCAUGUCAAGGGAAGUCAUGCCCAAGAACUUUUUGAUAGAAUCCUGGGAAAGACCCUAUCUUUGCUUGUGAAAAAUGUUGAAAACUAUGUUCUUGAAUGUUAUGACUGCCUGGCAUUGUACCUUUGUAUUCAACUUAUCAACAGAUACAGAUGGAUGUGUCAUAAAAGGGCCAUUGCUGCUUUAGACAGCUAUUGGGAUUCAUUGCAAGGUACUUUAUGGCCAAGAUUAGAAUAUGUGUUAAAAUUAAACAUACAGAGUGUAAGGGAAUGUGAUCCAGCAAAGUUAUCCAACAAGGAAUUGGGUCCACAUUAUAUUACACGGCGAUAUGCUGAGUUCUCCGCUGCAAUGCUAAGUUUGAGUGAACAAUUUCCUUCUGAAGAACUAAGUAAUAUUCUACUAGUGCUUCAAGAUGAAGUUAAUUGCUUCCUACUUAAAAUGGCCGCUGAAUUUCCGCAACGAAUUCAACAGUUAAUAUUCCUCAUUAAUAACUAUGACAUGGUCCUAAGCAUAUUAAUGGAAAGGACUCGCGACAACACCAAAGAGGCUGAGAGCUUUAGAGAACAACUGCAGGCCAGGAGUUCAGAAUAUGUUGAAGAAAUAUUAAGUCCACAUUUUGGAGGCAUGAUUCAAUUUGUAAAGGAAGGAGAACAAUUACUAGACUCUGACAAGAAAACAGAAUUAGCUAAUUUAGAAAGAAAGUCUCUCUCCUUGGUUGCAUCCUUUAGUUCGGGCUGGAAACAAAGCUUAGAGGAAAUUCACCGAGAAGUUCUUAUAUCCUUCCCAAAUCUUGUAACUGGUUCUGGCUUAUUGCAAAUGGCCCUUACGAACUUCGUGCAAUACUACCACAAGUUUGCAAAACUGCUAACUCCUAAUGCACGAACUCAAUUAGUCAAUAUUCACGUCAUUAUGGUUGAAAUUAAGAAAUACAAGACCAAUUAUUAGUAUCUUUUAGACAUUAUUUAUGUAUUAUACCUUAGUAAUAAAUAGUAAAAUAAUAAGUACAUUUCUUAACAUUGAAAAAUAAACAUCAUGACAUUCAUACGACAAAGAACUUCCUCUCCAAGGAAAGUGGUUUCAUAAUUUGCUCAUCAAUCAAUCAAGUCAACAAGACAACUUAGAAGAUCAGGUUACUCCAUCUAAAAACAUGAUUGCUUUAAAUUUGCACAUUCACACAUCAAUAUAAAUUAUAGGUGAUUUAGAUAAGUCACAGCAACAAUAUGCAUUGCAACAAUUAAAACUCUGAAUGUGAAA